GUUAUAUAGAUAGGGUGGGUAAGUAAUGUAUACAAUUAGAUCAGUGUGGCUGUCCAUAGUGAUUCUGGGGGUGGCAAUAGCCAUUCCGGGAACGGCGGUUCCCAGUAAUAUUCAGACAGCGAUCGACAACGCUAAUAAGAAUGGUCCGUACUUAGGUUUGGUAAUUCCGAACCUGUUCGAGAUGAACCCUCUUCUUCAACAUCCCUCCUACAAACCUAAUUCUACUCUCACCAUCGAUUUCGCAGGGAAGAGGUUUAGAUUCGGAACCCUAGCCGGAGAGAAAGUGAUUCUUGUUAUGACCGGACUAGCCAUGGUAAAUGCCGCGAUCACAACACAACUUGUAGUGAACUUAUUCAACAUAAAAGGCGUGGUGCAUUUCGGAAUUGCCGGAAAUGCAAACCCUAAUUACGAUAUCGGAGACGUUCUUAUUCCCAGAUAUUGGGCUCAUUCCGCUCUAUGGUCUUGGCAGAGGUAUGGAAAUGGGCCGGAGAACCAACUCCCGUUGGAAGCCAGUGGCGACUACACGAGAGGCAUCGGCUACUUCAAAUUUUCGGAUUAUGCUAUAAAUGUGAGCAAUUCCCCUCAUCAUGAUAAUCUCCUAAAUAACAUUUGGUACCAACCCGAAGAAAUAUUCCCCGUGGACGGCACUCCUGAGGAGCGACAACAUGUUUUUUGGAUCCCCGUCGAUCCCUCCUACUUGAACCUCGCUCAAAGGCUAACUAAUCUUACACUGGAGAGGUGCAUAAACGCGACAAAAUGUGUGGCGUACAGUCCGAGAGUUGUCCCAGUGCUGCGAGGGAUGAGCGCCAGCAUAUAUCUCGAUAACGCCGCCUACCGGAGUUUUCUUUCCGCCAAGUUCCGCCACCUCGGCCCCGUCGACAUGGAGAGCGCCGCCGUCGCGCUCAUCUGCCGCCAGCAGAAGGUGCCCUUCAUCAUUAUCCGGGCACUUUCCGACCUCGCCGGCGGCGGCUCCGACGACUCCAACGAGGCCGACCUAUUCACGCCGCUCGCCUCCAACAACUCCGUCACCGUCGUCGUCGAGUUUGUUAGGCUGCUGCGAUCCAGCAACACGCCCGUGUUGAAUACACCCACCCCACCACUUCCCGUUACUUGAUUAGCAGCAGUAGAGUGGUUCCGUACUUACGCACGUGUCGCCCUUUGAUUGGAGCGUGGAGAAAAUAACGAGGGCAUUCUUGGAAAUGCACUCUUCUUCAUUUGAUGGAUGUGUUGGAUGGUCAUUUUGAUAUU